AAUUUGAAACGUAACUUUUUAAAACCUUUCACAAACAGUGAAGUCUGUUGUUAUUGCGAUAACUCCAGCCAUGGUGAGGCCAAACAUUUGAAGUUCACGUGAAGGUUGUUCCGGACCAUAAAAGUUAUUGCAACAAGAUCCGAUACUGCUUGGAGCUGAAAAAUAUAGACCAUGGAGCAUUCAGUGAGGAGUCUUCAAAGUCUCUUCCAGAACCUACGGGCUCAGGUGGACGUGCUCAGUGAAGGCGUUGAGCCGCAGUUUAUUCAAAUGGCACUGAAUUUCGAGGAGUGUAGACGCAAAUGGUUGAAAAUGGAGCAAGACUUCUGUUCAUGUAAAGAGGUGCUGACUAAAGCAGAGACUGAGAGAGGUGCUCUGGAGGUGAAGCUCAAACACGCACGGAAUCAAGUGGACGUUGAGAUUCGUAGACGGCAGAAGGCAGAGGCGGACUGUGAGAAAUUGGACCGUCAAAUACAGUUGAUACAAGAGUUGCUGGUUUCAGAGGGCUCUAGCAACAGCAUCCAGUUGAAUGAAGAACAACGCUCUGCCUUGGCCUUUCUCAACAUCCGAAACCCGGCUCCCUCCAACCUCAAUACUAGCCGAAGAUUGACCACCAUAGAUGAGUCUGCUUCCAUUUUGUCUGACAUCAGCUUUGACAAGACUGAUGACUCGCUGGACUGGGAUUCCUCCUUGGUCAAAAAUGUGCGUCUCAAGAAACGUCAAAAAAGACGCUCAUCCAGAAACCACACAGACGGUCCUGCUGCUGGUGCCAAGAAGACCCGCUCAACUGGCCGCACCUCAGACAAGGUAAGGCAACAACAGUGCUUGAGAGCUGUUAGCUUGCUUGGUUAUUUUUAAAUUGGUCUUUUGGUCUUUGUG